AUGGAGUAUUUCGAAGCGAACCCGAAACCCUUCAACCUGGAUCAGUCCAGCACCGUAGCGCGCGCAUUCAUCGAGCAUCAUGCGGCGCAAUCUCGACGUGUGGCCCUCGUGACAUCUGGAGGCACGACGGUCCCACUGGAGAAUCAGACGGUGCGAUUCAUUGAUAAUUUUUCUGCUGGUACUCGAGGCGCGACCUCUGCCGAGUACUUCCUCGAAAAUGGAUACGCUGUCAUCUUCCUGCAUAGGCAAUUCUCGCUUCUGCCAUAUUCAAGACACUAUUCUCAUUCGACGAAUUGCUUUCUGGACUACAUGACCGGGACUGAAGAUGGACCAGUCGUGGUGCAGAGUAAAUUUCAGGAACAGAUGGCUUCCGUCCUUCUGCGCUAUCGCAAGGCCAAGAAGGAAAACACAUUACUGCUCUUGCCAUUCACGACCGUUAAUGAGUACCUGUGGCAUUUGAGAGAACUCGCCAUGUUGAUGCAGCCAUUGGGUGCGAACGGACUGUUUUAUCUUGCAGCGGCAGUGAGCGAUUUCUUCGUCCCAGCCGAGAGAAUGGUCGAGCACAAGAUCCAAUCGGGCGAGGAGUUUCACCAGCAAUCUGCAGUCGUCGAUGGCGACGUAGGGCCGUCAGAGGAGGAGAAAGCUGGCCGCAAGCCUGCCGCGCACAUGCAAGGAAAGCGACUCGUCAUCGAUCUGGAUCCUGUGCCCAAAUUCCUUAAGUCUCUGGUUGACAGCUGGGCUCCCCGGUCAAUGAUAAUUUCAUUCAAGCUAGAGACGGAUCCCAAUCUGCUUGCGACAAAAGCCCGAUCGGCUUUGGAGAAAUACGCUCACCACCUAGUCAUUGGCAAUCUGUUGAACACGAGGAAGUACGAAGUCUUGUUCGUCUCAGCUGGUGGAGGAGAGAAGUGGCUUCGUGUACCGCCCGCAAGAAGGGCGAAGAGUAUCACAGGUCGAUCAGAAGAUGGUCCUCUGAAUAUCAAAGAAGGGGACCGGGAACCUGCUGUCGAAAUUGAGAGCUGGAUUGUACCGGAAGUGGCCAAGUUGCAUUCGCACAUGAUAGAGCAUGGAGAUCCAAGGCAUCUCAACGGUGCUGCAUGA